AUGCUGAAGUACGAAAGUGAAUGCAUUGCGGAGGAUAUUGAAAAGCUGAGUGUCAACGAUCAGGAGAAGACCACGGACGGAAAACUGUGGAGCAUGAUUUGUCCAACGCGGUAUCGCAGAUCGAUUGAACUGCUCAAGAUUUGUCUGCACUUGAAUGAUCUUCAUCCAGACGAUUACCUUUUUUUUUUUUUUUCGUUAUCUCUUCAACAGAUUUUAAACAUGGAAGACGACAUGAAUUGGUACCGGGCGGAACUGGACGGGAAGGAAGGGCUAAUACCAAGCAAUUACAUAGAAAUGAAAAAUCACGAUUGGUACUACGGUCGCAUCACACGGGCAGACGCCGAAAAGCUCCUGUCGAACAAACACGAGGGCGCCUUCCUGAUACGGAUCAGCGAGUCCAGUCCCGGCGAUUUCAGCCUCUCGGUCAAAUGCUCGGACGGGGUGCAGCACUUCAAGGUGCUCCGGGACGCACAGGGCAAAUUCUUCCUCUGGGUGGUGAAAUUCAGUUCCCUGAACGAACUGGUCGACUACCACCGGACGGCGAGCGUGUCCCGCUCGCAGGAGGUCAAACUGCGCGAAAUGGUGCCAGAGGAGAUGUUGGUGCAAGCUCUGUACGACUUCGUUGCGCAGGAGUCCGGUGAGCUGGACUUCCGGCGAGGGGACGUCAUCACGGUAACGGAUCGCUCCGACGAGCACUGGUGGAACGGCGAAAUCGGCAACCGGAAAGGACUAUUCCCAGCAAUAUACGUGGCGCCCUACCAUUCAUAAGAUAAGAAGUAUUUUUAUUAUUUUUUUUGCUAUAUAAAUAUUAUAUAUUUUUAAUGUUUAAUAACCGGGGGGGAAAGUCGAAUCGAACGCGCGAGAAGGGGAAACAAAUGGAGGGGGAAACGUGGGAAACCGAACCGAAAGAAACCGGAAGCCAAUAAGAACGCGAUGCGACGAGAUCAAGAGUGGAUGAGUGGAAAGAGAACGAAAGUCAGUGCGCGCGGAAACAAAAAGAGCGAAGCCAGAGAACCGAUGUACAUUGA